ACCAGAAACGAGAAUGUAUUUCAUCGUAGAAGAGGAGUCACAUGAAUUUUUCUGAUGGGUGGCUGCACAGCCUCUGCGAUCAGCGUGCACCAUCACUUGCUUCGGUCCAGUCCAGAGUCGGCGGCAGUCAUGGCUUUCAAGCUCAGUCCGAGAAUUGCUGAUAUCCUCCUGAAAGCCAGUUUCACCGUAGUGGGUGGUGUGGUGGGCUCAAUGUAUGCCACGCACCACCACCACAACAAUUUGAAGGGCUUGAAGCAAGACCUAAGCGUUUUACACCCACCGGUAGUGGAAUUCGCUCCCGGAGACAAGGCAGUAGAAAUUUCGAACGACCCCUUAGUGAAGGAGAUACUCAAGUAUGGUAAUCCGGGGCCAGUAUCUGAUGCUCUCGUCCGUAAAGCCUAUGUCGCAGGCUACGACAGACGAAUGCGCCACCCAGCAUGGACAGCUGAGCACAUUACGGCGGCGUCUCUUCGGCCGGCGCCGGGAGAGAAACAAGGUGACCGGAAGGACUCGCAAUUCAUUGAAGACGAGGAUCUGCCCAUACCAUUCCGUGCCCGACUUAAGGACUAUUUCAGGAGUGGCUAUGACCGGGGACAUAUGGUGCCUGCCGCGGAUGCUAAGUUCUCGCAGGAUGCCAUGAACGAAACGUUCUUAUUGUCGAACAUGGCUCCGCAGGUUGGAGAUGGUUUCAACCGCCAUUAUUGGGCUUACCUCGAGGACUGGUGUCGACGACUUACGGGCUCUUUCUCCGAUGUCUAUGUAUUCACCAUUCCAUUGUACCUCCCUCGGCAAGGGUCGGAUGGUAAAUGGCGUGUGACAUAUGAAGUCAUCGGCUCCCCUCCGAACGUCGCAGUUCCGACUCACUUUGCCAAAGUAGUACUAGCUACGAAACCGAGCUCCCCGUCAACACCUGACACACUCGAAAUAUCUACCGGGGCUUUCGUUUUGCCCAACGCUGCUAUUCCGGAUGCGACGCCAUUAGAGACUUUCUCAAUGCCCAUCGAGGCGGUUGAACAUGCCGCAGGGCUUCUACUUUUCUCCAAAGCGGUCAAGGCAGCAGCCAAGCCUAUCUGCACAACUUCAAAAUGCGAACUCCUCAUCCGCAAGUUUGACGAAGCACAAAAGCGACCUAAUACGAAGCGUUCGAACUCGGCAGCGUUUUAACAAGUCAAACCCUUCAUUACAUAGUGAUAAUCAAUGGUCUGAGAGCAUGUCCUUUACACUUGCCCAAUAAUCCCCUCCCACCCGAGUUUCAAUCUCCUGCUUGGUGACCCAGGCAAAGUUUUUGAUUGAGUCUGCCGGCUUGACUUGCCCCGCCAUGAUGUGGGCCUUGUAGAAGAAAGUGAUGUUCUGUGGGGAAUGGAAAUCAAUUACUUCGUUUAAUGGACGACGAUGCAGACAAGCCUGUGGUGUAGACGGUGUGACUGCAGCAAGCUGAGGCUUGUGAAUUCCUAUGGGUUUGCGCGUUACAAUCCAAGUGUCCAUGGAAUCUCCGCAGUUGGAUGCCAAUUCUCGUUGGGCAACCUAUAUGCGUUGGUGUUGUUCAAAGCGAUCAUGUGGACGACAAACCUCGUGCAGCAUAUCUCCCGACUUGGCCACGCCGUUGGGAAACUCCCAAAUAAGCUUGCCAUCCUCACCAAUUCUCUGGACGAGCAGGUAGAUGUUUCUUCGCCCUUUACGAUCCAAACUACGGUAGUCGCGCGCCGUGUCAGAAGGAUGCACUCGCGGCAUGAGUUUAUCAUCGGAACGCUCCUGGAGCUCCAUCUGCUCGAUAGCGGCUUUCUCAGCGGCCUUAGCCUCUGCAGACAUGUCGUCUUCCUUCGCAAAAGUGGGCCCCCAAGCGAUUCUUUCUCGUUGCCGCUCCUCCGAAUUAAAUCGCGCUUCUAGCAGAGAGCCGGGCUUGAAGUAGAAUUCGGAGGGAAAGGGGUUGUGGAGAGAGCGACGGAUACGUUGUUGGUAUGCGUAAAAAGCUCGUUCGAAGGGUGUAGGACUGGGGGUGAGAAACGGUGCGCGGUUGAGAAUGACGGCUGUGUACAAGAUAGGCUUGAGAGAGCUUCGAGACCGGGCGGAUGAGGCAGGUACAUCCGCUACGGUGGCGAGAUUCCGAGAAAGCACGCCGUUCCAAGUCCGGCCAGCGCGUCUACAUGACGGACCUGCAAGAGCCAUUUUGGACUGAAAUUUUACACGUGACCCCUUGAUGGCCUGGUCGCUUGUCACAGGAUUACCGCUUUCGUUCAUCCGUCGACCAUGUCCCUUUCCCUCGUUUCCAGUCAGUACCUAGAUGAGAACUCGGCCAAGAUUAGGACCAAGCCUGUACCGUGGGAGGGAUACCAACGUGCAGACUUAAUCACUACGGAUGAGCUCUCUCUCAUCAAGAAGGUCGAUAGGCAGUCGAAGGCAAAGACUGAAGCACUCUUGCUUUCUGACGCUCAGAAUUAUGCCCUCUUGUAUCUUCGACUCCUCAAGAAACUACAGAGAGUCGAUACUAUGCAGUGCAUUCUUGUCCUCAUCGGAGAUGCCAUUGCUGAUCACGAUGAGCGCAUACCUUUGUUCACUCGUGCAGUGGAGUCUGAUCCCGAACUCCCCUACGGCCCAUUGCUCAGGGCCCUCGAUACCCAAGAUGAAUUCGUACAACUCAAAGCCGCUCAAAUUCUAACCGUGCUCUUGUGCUCAGAAUCCACUCUCUUGCAGGCAUCACAACUUCACCCAUUCCUUACUUUCCUUGCCGGGCUAGUUCAAGGCAACUCUCCGAGCAAAUGCGAUAUCGCGGUACAAUGUCUUGAAGCUCUGCUUGCUCGUCCGGAAUGCAGGCAGGCUGUCUGGGCUAUCCCCGGUGUGACAGCAGGCUUUGUUGAAAUCCUGAAGCACAAGCCCGGUCCACAGAUGACUUAUCAGGUCGCUUUCUGUAUCUGGCUGCUUUCUUUUGAGCAAGAUGUUGCGGAGCAAAUCAACAAAAAGUAUGACAUCAUUCCAUUAUUGAUAGAUGCCGCCAAGGCUGCUGUGAAGGAGAAAGUUAUCAGGGUCAUUGUCGCAACGUUCCGGAACCUGGUUGUUAAAGCGCCCAGCGCGAAUUUGCCCUCGAUGCUUGUUGCUCAGUUGCUGCCAUUCGUCAAGAAUUUAUGCACCCGGAAAUGGUCGGACGAAGAUGUGGUCGAAGAUAUCCAGUAUCUACGCGAGGAAUUGGCCUCAAACUUCCAGAGCCUGACAACUUAUGACGAGUAUAGUUCUGAGCUCUUGUCUGGGCAUCUUUCUUGGUCGCCGGUACACGAGUCGGAUGAUUUCUGGAAGGAGAACGCAACCAAGCUGAACGAUAAGGACUAUGAGCAACUGAAGGUUCUUGUUCGGCUGCUGAAGGAGUCAGAGGACCCCGUUGUGCUUGCUGUCGCUGCUCACGAUCUCGGCCAAUAUGUCAAGCACUACGAACGUGGAAAGAAGCUCCUAAACGAUUUCGGCGCGAAAACGCGUGUGAUGGAAUUGAUGACGCAUCAAGACUCGGACGUACGAUACCGCGCGUUGGUGUCCGUGCAACACCUGGUCAGCCAGCCCUGGGUUACGGUCUAGUCUGCUUGAACACUGCCCGCCUGCAUUUUCAUAAUAUAUAUAGUACAGCUCUGUUAGACCCAGACUUCAGCAACAAUGUCCCACUCCUUGAGUGUUUUGGCGUGCUUGUCUUCGUAGCCCUCGGGCUCGUCUAGAAACUUGUCUUCGACGAGAAUGACCCGGAGACCACCGACAGUGUUGAAUCCAGGGCUGAUGGGGACGAAAGCGAACUCAAAGUCCUGCGUGGCCUGCACCAAAAUGUCCUGCUCGCCCUCCUCAGCAUUACUCGGACGAAUCAACUCGAUGGGUGGAAGGAACACAGCCGAUGGCCCACAAGGAACAAUUCCUGAGUUGGACGACCGUAGUUCGUCCGGCCCCUCGAAGAACGGUGGCGGCAGGCCCAACCCUGCUUCAUCCUUGGGCACAAUUUCUGACAGCUUCUGGUGAGCCAAAGCAUAGUUGAAUGUCGUAGACAUCGGCGACGGGGUUGAGAAACCGGAGAUCACCGUUCUCGGACUGUAUGGUUCAGGAAUCGCAGGCGCUGGAUUGAAGAUUGCAGGAACUAUCGCGCGAGGGCUCUGUAGAU